AUGCGCCAAUUGACCUAUGGGAUAUGGCGCAGGCCCCAGGAGAUGGAGCCCGCAGAGCUGCAGUCCUGCAGAAACGCUGCAUUUGGUUGCACUUAUACGUUGUGGGUUGUGGGGUCGUGUGUUCUCCGUUGUGGUUCCAACAAGCAAGAAGCAGGCUCCAGCAAAUGGUACGAAUUUGCCGCUAAAGGCAAGGUGCGGUGGGCGAAAGAAAGAGGAGGUACCCAGCAUCUGGGCAGACGCCGUUUGAAGCGAGAGCUUGGCGGACCAUUGAAUGCAAAGUUGUCCGUUGUUGGAGUGUGUUUCCCAUUCAAUGCGGAUCUAUCUGGCGGUGCUCUCGCAGUACAGUUCCGUCGCCAGGGGUCUCGUGCUUGA